AUGGCAAAGAAUAUUUUAUCAAAUAAAGAAGCAAUUGCAAUAAAGACAAAAAAUGAUGUUAAAAAAGAAAAAUUAGAUAAAAGUCAUGAGUUAAAAAAGGAACGAUUAAAAAUUGAACAAGAAAGAUUAGCAUAUAAAAAAGAACAUAAAAAGAAAAGAAUAAAAAUAGAAUAUGAUUUAAAGUCAAGCCAAGUUUUUGAUGACUCUGAUAAUGAAUCAAAUAAUUCUGAUUCUGAAGAAGAACUACUUAAUGCUGAAGAUGAUGAAAUAAUUCUUUUGGGAUUAUAUACUUUAUUAGAUUCUCAUUAUUUAGAGUUACGUUUUCGAAGUAAUAUUACUAAAUCUCAAGAGUGA